UGAACUCUUGACCACAAGGCCGGCAGUUCAAACCCACUAGCCCCUCCAAGGGAGAAAGAUGAGGCUGUGUGCGCACACAAAGAUUGACAGUCUCGGAAACCGUAUGUGGCAGAGGUGGGGAACUUUGUGCCAAGGACCAUUUAGAUCUUCCUAACAUCAUUCCUGGGCCACACUGGUCAAACGUUUAAUUAGUUCACCCCUGAUGUGAUGGCUCUGGAGCCUGGGUGGGUACAAGUUGGGCUGCAAGACUCACGGUUCAAAACCACCAGCUGCUCUGAGAUGCUCUACUUGGAGCCCUUAGAGUACUGUACCAGAAACCCACCCGAGGAAGUUCUGCCCUGCCCUCUAGGGGGUGCUGUGAGAAUGGUGGCAGGAACUGUGUCUCCGGUGAGGCAUGUGAUGUUGGCUGGUAUUGAGGAUUUUGCUGGUUGCAGUCUCUCAGAACCCACUUGGCGGCAGUGGAUUAUAAUCAGACGGUGUCGUUUUCCAGCCUGUAAAGCUCCUACAGAUUUGUCCUUGAUUCGAUUACCAGUUGAAGCUUUUGAAUCCAAAAAGCGUUUUCCUGUGGAAUCUGGCGGGAAUGGGGAAAGGCCUAGUUCCCCUCCUAUCAGGAGUGAGACACCAUAAAAAUAGGCCUCAAGAUGAGUUCAGGGAGAUGAAGAUCCCUGCUGAUGGUAAUAUCAGCACCUGGAGUUACUUAUGAUACCUCACUGAAAAUGCAAGAGAUACAAAAGAGCAUAGGGGAAAGACCCUCCCUGUUGCCCUGCCACAUUUCCCAGCCCAGUAACGGUGCCCUUUCUCUGCCUGGCUGUCUUGGACGUUGUUCAGUGCUCUUGAUUUAUGGUGGAAUAGAAUUUCAUUGUAUCAGUAUGCUACACCUUGCUUAAUAUGUUUUAAUGUGUCCCCCGCACCUCACUGCACUCCUUUCCGUCUUUGUGAGAAGGGGUUACCUAUCUUGGAAGGAUAGCCAGGAUGCUUCUUAGAAGCAAGUUGGCCAGACUUUACCUUGUGAGCUUUGGGCGCAAAAUUAUCUCCAGGGACUGGGUGGGGAAAUCAUGUUUGGUGAAGUUCAUGAGGCUAGAGCCUCCCAGAGCUGGAGGACUUGGUGGUUGCAGCAGUGGGCUCCCACGUGGCAGUGAUGUGGAAGGAUGCUGCAGACCCUGGCCGUGUACCAUCCUGCUGUGCACGGCCCCUGUGAGUUGGAACUGACUGCAUCAAACACGGGCAUCGCAGCUGCUCCUCCUCGGGGAGCGCGGAGAGAAAGAACAUCGCCCACAAUAGCAGGAGGCUGGGUCCGUGCGCGUGACCGGGGAAGAACGUUUGUUUGUUUCCCUCUCUGGGCUGAGACUUCCAUCUAGUUAAACACCCGAUAACAUCAGGUGUUCUGGGCAGUAAUUUAUUGUAAAGUGUCUUUCCUGUGGAUGGCUUUGUGAAGGGCUUGGUGUCCCAUGAGGCUGCAAUGGAGGCACGUAACACUGAUGACACAGUUGCCUGGUCCCCCGUGCCAUCGCAAGAACCAGAUGGUCAGGGAAGGGGAACGUGCACACAGCAUGCCCCCCCUCCCCCCAAUCCGUGUCUUUGCUGCAGCCUCGGGGAGCAGUACUACAAGGAUGCCAUGGAACAGUGCCACAAUUACAACGCCCGCCUCUGUGCCGAGCGCAGCGUGCGCCUGCCGUUCUUGGACUCUCAGACCGGAGUGGCCCAGAGCAACUGCUACAUCUGGAUGGAAAAGCGGCACCGGGGCCCAGGGCUGGCCUCUGGGCAGCUGUACUCUUACCCUGCCCGGCGCUGGCGGAAAAAGCGACGAGCCCACCCCCCGGAAGAUCCCCGACUUUCCUUCCCUUCAAUUAAGCCAGGUGAGGCACACCCCUUUCUGCUGCUGGCCACCUGCUCUGUGUCCAAAAGAUAUAGUUUCAAACAAAAGCAUACCUCGAAAGCGCCCCAGAGAGUCUGUGGAAAGCGGUACAAGAACCGGCCAGGCCUCAGCUACCACUACGCCCACUCGCACUUGGCUGAGGAGGAGGGCGAGGACAAGGAGGACUCGCAGCCCCCCACCCCGGUUUCCCAGCGGUCCGAGGAGCAGAAGUCCAAGAAAGGCCCCGAUGGGCUGGCCCUGCCCAACAACUACUGCGACUUCUGCUUGGGGGACUCGAAGAUCAACAAGAAGACGGGCCAACCGGAGGAGCUGGUGUCUUGUUCUGACUGCGGCCGCUCAGGGCACCCGUCCUGCCUGCAGUUCACCCCGGUGAUGAUGGCGGCAGUGAAGACCUACCGCUGGCAGUGCAUCGAGUGCAAGUGCUGCAACAUCUGUGGCACCUCCGAGAACGACGACCAGCUGCUCUUCUGCGACGACUGUGACCGUGGCUACCACAUGUACUGUCUUACCCCAGCCAUGUCGGAGCCUCCUGAGGGAAGUUGGAGCUGCCACCUGUGUCUGGACUUGUUGAAGGAGAAAGCGUCCAUCUACCAGAACCAGAACUCCUCUUGAUGGGACCGACCUGCUCCCCCACACUCUCGGGCUGUUUCCUCUCUCGUUUCCCCAUGCCCACUGCCCACCCCCCACCCCCCACCCCUCAUCUUUCGCAAGUCCAGAGAACCUCGUGCCAACCUGCCUUUGGCAGCAGCAGAUGGAGUGGCAGCUCUGACCACCUCUGGCCACAGGUCCUCAGGGAGAGAGGAGCAGCCCUGGCCGGGGCGCCGCCACCGCCCGGCUCCUCGCUGCUCUCCGGAAGUGCAUUCACCAGGCCUGCCUUGGGCCCAGGCCUGGCUGUCACAGGGUUUGUGGCCUCUGAGGAAGAGCGGGAGAACUGCUUGCUCUCUGGGCUCUGCCUCGUUCUGGCUGCCAGGCCCAGCCCUGCCCAGACGAAGGGCUUGUGGCUGUGGCGGCACCGAUCACCACUGCUACGCCCCUGUGCUGCCUGCCCCACCUCCAGGGUCCUCUGCCCUUCCCUGCCCUGACCUGCAGGGAGCAGCAGUGUCACCCAGUGCUUUUCUGGUGUCUCAUGACCGAAGCAUUCCCCACCCUAAGAAUUCCCUGCCUCCCCUCCUUAUUCCCUUUGGUUUUGUGGGGACAGAGGAAGUAUCAGGGGCCAGGCCAGUGACUUGGGGGCCACAGGGAGACAGACAGAUAAUGUGCCUGUUUUUUAACUCGAUGUCAAAGUCUACCUCCAAAAUCCCCUUUUUGUUCUUGGACCUGGGCCUUCAGCCUCCCUCCCCCUUAAGAGGGUGCCUCAGCUCCCUGCCCCAUGCAGCCAGCCCGGGCCGCCACAGACAGACAUAGACACCCUUCUCCCCUGGUACGCUCGCCAGCAGCCGGUAAGGUCUUCACGCCCUGGUUCCUCGGUCUCUGCUUGGUGGCCCUGACAUUGAGUAGUCGGGGGACAGUCCGUUCCAGGGUCCCCUGAAGUGGCCUUCCUCCCAGGCCGCAGGCAGACCCUGCUUUACUGUCACCUUGGAGUUGAGAUCUUUCCCCCUUAUUUCCUUCCUGUAUUCCAAACAUUAGUGCAAAUAAACAUUUUUACACGA